AUGGCUGUAACAGAGAUGAAGGACACUGAAGCAGAUGUGGGGCAACAGGGCCACAGCGGCUUCCCGCUAUCGGUGCUGGUAGAGCCGACCCCCGCAGUCCCUCACAGCGCUCCCGGGGGCGGGGCCGCCAUUACCGGGGCCCCUCCCCCGAGCGCGGCGGGGGCGCCUGCGCGGUGCGCGCGGGCGGAGGUGCGGGAGCGACGCGCUCAGGGACCGGCCGGGCCGGGUACCGCCGCUCUGCGGGGCAGCCCCGCCGCCGCUCCCGCCUCCUCCGCUUCUUCUUCCUCCUCCUCGUCGCCGCCGCCGCCGCGGCAGUUGACGCUGCUUGUGAUGCAGCCCGGCGGCGGCGAGGAGGCGGCGGCCGGAGCGGCGGGGGUGGUGCUGCAGCCGAGCGCCGACACGCAGCUGCCGCCCUCCGCCAGCGGCGGCCUCAUGGUGUUCUACGAGCUGGGGCCCGCCGGCGAGGUGGAGGUGGCGGAGGAGGAGGCCGAGGCGGCGGGCGGCGAGAGCACGGCCAGCCUGGAGGAGCUGGAGGAGGAGGAGGUGGCGGCGGCGGGGGCUGCGAGCGGCGAAGCGGCGGCGGGCGGCGAGUGCAAGAGCUGCACGUACGAGGGCUGCAGCGAGACCACCACGCAGGUGGUGAAGCAGCGCAAGCCCUGGAUGUGCAAGCGGCACCGCAACAAGAUCUAUAAGGACAAAUACAAGCGCAAGAAGAGCGACCAGGCCCUGGGGGCCGGCGGGGCGGCGGCCGCGGGGGGCGGCCCGCGGGCCGAGGAUAGUGUUGAAGGUUCAGUGUCUGUAACAAAGCAGAGAUCAGGAUCCAUUGGAGAUCGCCCAGCAAGACCUACUCUUUUAGAACAAGUAUUGAAUAAAAAGAGGCUGUCCCUACUCAGAAGCCCAGAAGUAGUGCAGUUUCUACAGAAACAACAGCGAUUGUUAAGUCAACAAGCUUUGGAACAAAGGCAGCAACAGUUUCAAGGAGCACCUGGGUAAUGAGGAAAGAUCAGUGAUCUGCAGAUGAGUUUGGUGCUGAAGGAGGGACAGGAUCUGUAUUUUGUAUAAAUACAAAGAAUCUCAAUGUUUAAACAUGACUGGAGGUUGCUGUUGUUAUGUAUUUGUUUCUUGUUUGCACUUUUGAGUUUUUGAGCUGCUUGGGUGUCUGCAAACUUGUGAGUAAGUCAUAGAAUGACCUGGGUUUUGUCAUGGAAACUUCCCAGUCUGACCAUUCACGAGGCUCUCUGACAGUCACUCUCCCCGUGCCAGAGACUUUAACUUCUGGGACCAAAGCUCCGUCACUGCGGGUAGCUCCAGUGAUCUGACAGGUGCUCCACUUGACUCCUUGCACAGCUGGCUCACAGUCAGACCAGAUCUCCUUUCUGGUUUGACCCCAAGUCUCAGCCACUUUGUUCCAUAAAGCAGUUUAUUAACAGUGUAAAAUACAGAAGUAGCCUGGGCUGGUGUCUCCUAGGAGGGAUCUCAAAGAGACUCCUGGGCUUUUAUACCAUCCCAGUGUAAGGCAAGCCGCAUUCUUCCUCCUGAGUCUUCCUUGCUGAAUCUUCCCACGCCACCUCCUGCCAUGUCCCUGUGUCCAUUCACCUGGCUAGCCACUCAUGUUCAAGCCUUUUGUUAUGCAGAGUUGGCAGUUCACUGCCUCCUGUGUUGAUCCCACCCACAGCUCAAUUUGCACCUCAACCUGUAUCUCUUAACUGUAGCUUACAAAUCAGCUACCUGCACCAGAUGUAUUCCUCUGUAGUUGGAAAGGACCUUAAAAGAUCAAGUUCCAACUCCCCUGCUUUGAGCAGGUCACCAUGAGCACAAUCAGGUCACCAUGAAGCUGCCUCUUUUCCAGAUUGAACAAUGCAAAUUCUCUCAGCUAUUCCUCAUAGGUGUGGUCUUCCCUCUAAUCAACUUGUGACCCAACUCUGGAUUUGCUGUAAAAAAUGCCCUUCCUAUGUCCUUCCUAUGUUGUGGGUUCCAGAGCUGGAUGCAGUCCACUAGACAGGGUUUCACCAGAGCAAAGGUAGGGGCUAUGAUGGGCUGACUUUGGCUGGACACACAGAUUUAUAAAUUUUCAUUACCUGCUCUCCCCUGUCCUUUCACAGAUCAGUAUUAUUUUCCCAUCUCAAGAGCAUCCUUCACCUCUCCAGAUGUCUAAAAUCAGGCCAUGACUUGGGCUGGAUUCCAUCAAGAUGGGUGCUCAAGACAGGAAAAACAGCACAAUUAUGUGGCACUAGUGUUGGCCCUGUGCCUCCCACUCUCCUUAUUCCUCAGAAAAUUAAUGCUUUAUCAGUUCAUGUCAUUUUUGCUGUUUUACUUUUGCAACAUACUACUUACACCACAAAUUAUUUUCCCCCCAAGGGUAAAUCUCCUUGGAGCACACACCAGGUCUCCCCAUCCUUCUGCAUUACCCACAAAGUACACUCAGGUAUUUGAACAAAGACAAUCAUAUAAAUGGGUUUGCUUUUUCCUAUAGGGAGAGAAAUACACCCUGAUUUUCCCAGCAACUUCCCAUGUAUAGUAUGGGGACCUUAUCUCCUCCUGGCAUUGUAUAGGGGUUUUGUCUGGGCAGGACCAGGGAGGUUUGCAGAUCCCCUGGUGUUAAUGAGCCAAGUGGCUUCUGUUAAAUAUACACCCCAAUCCUUCCAUACCCCAUUACCUAACACUUAUAACAUAGUCUUCAGCAGUCCAUUAUACUGCACAAUCUUUCCAGAGGCUUACGGGUGAUAACGGCAUGUAUGUCAACUCAAUACCAUGUUUCUUUUACCAAGAGUUUAUUGGGUUGUUUUGAAAAAGAGUACUGUUGUCUGAUUUGAUUCUCUCCGGGAUACCAUGUUGCCACAAUAUGUGUCUCUCAAGACCUGAGAUUGUGUCUUGAGCAGAGGCAGGGGUUUACAGGGUAUGUUGCAAGCCAGCUGUUGCCUCUACCAUGGUGAGUAUGUAACACUAGCCUCGGUGUGUUCAUGGCAGUGGUCUAAUUUGCAAGGCCUCACCAUACUGGAAACUCAGCUGCUGCCCUCUAUUCAAGGAAAGUUUGCUUCACUGGCUUGGUUGAUUGCAACACUGCUUCUCAUUCAAGAAUGAUCUGUGCAAUGGCCUCCAUAGUCAGGUCCACCCAUCAAUGAUGCACUCAUCUGUCUGUUACAGCUGAUGUUUCAUGGCCUCAUCAGGUUAUAAGUAGCUCACCCUUCCAGUCCAAGUGUACCUAAAUUAAUUCAGUUUUGGCAGCCUGUUCAUUUGGGAUCCUGCUCAUUGUUUUGACAUUCUUCAGUGGUGUGGAUUUUGGGCAUGAUGUACCUUUCCAGCCAUGUUUUUGACCUGUGCACUGAUGUCCUGCCCCAGUGCAGGUGCAGUCCAGCCCAGAUGGGUUUAUCCCUGCGUUGCCAAUUGAUCUUCCAUUUUUGCAGCCACCUCCAUAGGGCAUGAGCUACCAUCCAGGAGUCAGGAUAGAUACAGGUCCCUUUUCUCAUUCAGCAGUCUCUGAGGCUAGUUUGGAUGGCUUUCAUCUCUGCAAACUGGCUUGACUUGCCUUCUUCAGCAGCCUCAAUGACUUGUAUGAUGCUGCCAUGCAGCAGGAUCCAUCACUAAAUAGGGCAUAACCUCUUUCUGGUAACUCGUUAUGUGGGGGUGCUUCUUGUGCACGUCUUCUCUGGCAGUGUUCCAAAACCUUUGCCUUCUGGCCAGUCCAUGAUUUUUUCCGGAAUUCCCAAUUGAGCUCAUGUAAUCAAUGCUACCCUUUACUUCAUGUAGCACUGGCUGCAUGAUAUGUUAAAGGGAUGUUUCCUUUGAAAUCUGGAGAAGUAUUUUCCAGUUAUUUUUAAACCUUCAUUUUAAUAUUUAAUUUGUUAAUAAAAAAUUGUUUAUGGUAGCAGUGUUUAGCUGUACACCCUUUUCCUACCAAAGGUAUAAUUAACAUUUUUCUAUAUAAA